UCGAAAAUUUUAUAACAAAUGUCGUGCACUACGUACUACUAGUCUAUUAGUAAUAUGCAUGUACUAAUUAGAUAAUGUACCUUCAUAUAUCACAAUAAUAAGAUUAUACGGAGUACGUAUUAUAUAUUUAAAAUCGUUUCUAAAUGUGUUUAUGUGACACUUCCUCAAUGGCUCAACUAUUCGAUUUGGCCGGGUAGAGUUACUUUCACAUUUUUUUUUUAAUUUUUUUUUUAACUUUUGAUACGUGAGUCUUAGGAGAAGCCUCCAUCCAUGUGUAAGAAAUGAGGCUUCUUAUAGCAAAAAGAAACGGCAUCACAAUACAAUAACUCAUUAAGUCACCACUUAUACCUCCACAAAUAUCUCUAUAAAUAAGCUCCCAAUCGAUGAAUAAACAACAACUUACAUUUUUAUCUCGCAAAAUUUGUUUUAGUUAAGUUUAUUUUUAGUAAUUUUACCUUUUUUUUUCCUUUAAUGGCAAGCAAAGUGUUAACAUGCACUGUUGCUUCAACUCCUAUGUCAAACCGGGCCUCAAAAAGCCCAUUACCGAUUGGGCUGGGCCUACGUUCUAGGCUUUUGGUGAUGCCAUCACCAAUUAAUAUUCCUUCUUCAAGGCCUUCUUUGGUGGUUAGAGCCCAACAGACAGGAGGUCCAAAGAGAAUUGAGCCAAUGGUGACGUAUAUAGAGCGUAAGCCCUGUAAUACUUCCGAGAACGAGCGCGAGAUCAGGAUGUGGUUUGACAUGCCCGGGCUUGCAGCUGAAAACAUAGAAGUGGAAGUUGUGGAUGACUUGCUCAUCAUAAAAGGAAAUGUGGAUGUUGAUGCAUUUGGAAACAAGAUUCUUGAACCUUAUGUUAAUAGGGUUCAACUUCCCACUAAUACUGUCAAGGAAGAAAUUACAGCUGUGUUUAAGAAUGGUGUUCUCUAUAUUACUGUGCCUAAAGUUACCAAGUCAUCUGAGCCCAAAGUUAAAAAUAUUCCAGUUAUAUCCACUUAAUAUUAUUCAUAAUUACAUAUAUAAAUUGAAAAUUUUACAGUAGUCUUUUGAAAAGGGUUUGAGCAUUAUAAUUGGCUAAAUUAGUUUGUCCGUACUCCAUAUUAUCAUUUUUUUUUUUAAGAAAAGGUCGAUAUUAUCAUUUUCAUUUCCUUUUUUUUAAUACAAAAUAUUAAACCAUCUUUAUUAUUUUGGAAAUUCUUAUUAUUAUUUCCAAAAUGUCUUAUUUUGGAAAGUUGUAUUAUUAUUUCCAAAUGAUGAUGUGGAAAAACUAACCAAUCAAUCAUGCAUUAUUAAUAUAUUAUGGUGAAUUUUUAAUAGACCGCUAUAAAAUUAUCCUAUAAAACUAGCGUUUGUUUUAUUGAGUAAUAAGAAAUGUACUUUGUAUUAGGUACUCCUUACUUUGUAAUAAAAAGAAGCUCGAUGUUCUAAGUAUAUUUUAAUUUUGAAAUAUAUUUUGUAAGCUGUAUUAUUACUUAAUUGGUUGUAUAUUGGACUCCAGCCACUUAUUAAUUACU